UUCAUGGCGGAACUGGCAGAUUUUGUGUUGUGAUUUUACGGAUUCACAUAGAUUUAAGUUAGUUAAAUAAGUACAAAUUGUGUUUCUCCCAGAAGUUUAAAAGGAUUUUCAUUAUUGCAAACGAGAUACUGGACUUGUUGAUAUGGCACAAGUUGAGCAGCCAAUAUUUAUAUUGCCGAAGAAGCGAAACGGCCAAAAGAAAAGCAAUGUAGCCAACCAUGUAGAUCACGUAAUAUGUGUUCAGGGAGCAACAGAAACAGAAACCAAAUACAAAAACGGCCUUUCGCCAGUAUCAGAACAUGUUGUCAAUGGCAUCAUACAUUCCACUAUGGAGGGACUGAAAUCUAAUAUGAAAAUAAACCUUCCCAUCAUCACUGAUGUCCAUGAUGAAGAUAAUGAGCAAAAUGAUAAUGAAAAUCAAAAGAACACACAAAAAAAUGGAUACCAACCACUGUCUAACAUCCAUAGCAGCCGAGAAAUCAUUGAUUUGUCUCCUAUAUACGAAAAUUCAUCUGAUGCUUGUUCAAGCCAUGGUGACCUUAGAGAGGAUAAUGAUUUGCCAAGAGGCUGCCGAAUUCUGAAUGAUAACAAUGAAAGCUCCUCGGCUACACCAAACAGCUUGUCUCAAACUCAAUCUGAGAACAGUUUUGAAAUGGGACCUCUCACAGACAGCCUUAAAAAUAGUACUAAAAGGAAAAAGAGAGUCAAUAUUGUCCCUGGGAUUGUUGAAUCUGAAAACACUGAUACAGAAAUCACUGCUUUACGUAUUGAAUCAGAGGGUUCAAUUUCACCUGAAUGUUCUCUCACGGACAAUUCUAAAGAUGGAUACUUGACAAUGACUGGAACGAUCAAAAGAGGAAAGAAAAAGGGACAAAAUGUUGAUGUUAAAUUAAACAUUUCUAGAGAGGAGCUAGAAAUUAUUGAGGCAGCCAUAGUUGCUGAGGAAUAUAACAAGAUGGAUAUAUCCAAGUGCUCGCUGUACAAUGGGCCACAUAUAUUUUUGUUCAGCUUGUUCUGUAUUCCCAUCGUAGCAUUCAUAUCUGCUAUUUAUUCUUUCUACAUAGGAACUCUGGCUUGGUAUAACAUAUUUACACAUGUGACUGAGAAUUUGAGCUGUGUAAAGAAAGUAUUCUUGGCUCCGAUUGUUAUAUUACUAUAUCCAUUUUUGAUAGUACUUUUUACUGUUGGAUUAGGGCUGUAUGCUGGUAUUGUGCAGCUAACAUUCAGUGGGGCCAAUUGGUGGAAAGAUGUUUGUGAUUUUGAAAAAGGUUUUUACGGAUGGCUCUGUAGUACUUUGGGUUUGUCAGAAUGCAGUCCGUAUGAGGUUGUAGUUCUGAUGGAUGUCAAGCCAACUUAGAUAAUUUAUAAAUUGGUGUUUUAAUUUAUUGCCAUAUAAUUGGCAUAUGAUAUACUGCCAUUAACAUAGAAAGCAUUAAUGUGAGUUUUGGUGUGUAAAGCAUAUACAUUAGCAGAAAAAAUCCUUGCAUCGAAUAACUUAUGGAUAAUUUUCUACUAGUGAAUAGCUUUAUUUUAUUCUUAGGAAUCAUAUCAUUGAUCUGAAAAUAUUAUAGUAAUUAGGAGUAAUUGACUGAUAAGACAAUUUAAAACAUUGUCAAGUAAUGUAUACCUUUGUGUGAUCAUUAAUCUGUGUGUUAUGUAAGACAUAUAAUCUUUAUAUAAUAAUAAUCAACAAUGUAUUGAGUUGAAUUUAGAAAUAUAAAUGCUCAAAAAUUGGCAUAUUGGAUCAAAAUUUACUGUAUUUUACAAUUGUUAGUAUGGUAUACAAAUGUUUGUAUCAAUAUGUAAUGUAGACAAAAUAUAAUUAGCAAAGUUUUUAAAUCCCUUGAUGUGGAAAUGAGAAUUUUGUAAGGUUUCCAGCAUAAGUAAAAUUAAAUUGCAUUUGCUUUAAAGAUAUUUGAGUAACUUGUAUUUGAAAAGCUCAAAAAAUAAGUGUUUGUAAUGUGAUCUUUUUGUGUUAAGUUAAACACGCAAAGUUAGGUUUUCGUGGUUAAGUCUUACUAAUAUUAAUCUUCCUAAAUUUAUUCUUCCAGUACCUAUUUGUCCAUUCCAUUCAAUAUUUUUCUAGUCAUAAUAACUUUAUUAUCAAUUAAUUUAUACAAUGGCGCACAAAUUAAGUGCAAGUAUUUAAAAGUGCUGUUGAGCAUAUUUUUUUUUCUUUACCAAUUCAAU